CUAAUGAAACUGUUUUACACAGACUUGAAAAGUUAUUUUAUUUCAACGAUAUUAUUGUCCACUUAACGGAUACCAUUGCGCACAAUAUAAUUUUUUUGUUCGUAUGAUUCUGUACAAUUGUGAAAAGUUGUCUGUUUAUAAAAAGAAAUUUCAAAAAUUAAAUUCCGUUCAUCAUUAAAAGUGUUGUAAUUUCUUAAGUGUGGUUUAUUUUUAAUUAAUUUAAGUGAUUAAAUUUUGAUAAUUUAAUUUUUGUAGAAGAACAUUAAACAAAUCGGAAAUGCCAGCUGGUACAGGAGCUGGCGGAUCCGGUAAUACGGCAGGACGUACAGUAUUUCGACCACCAUGGGUAAAAGAAGGACCUACACCUAUACCAACACCAACUGCACCUUGGACAUUAAAACAUAGAGAAUCCAAAGGACAGGAAGAUGCUCCUCCAGCACCAAAAUUCAAACCAAAACCAAUAGAAACAAAACCUACAGUUGAUGAAGACAACCCACCAUCAAAAUUCCCCGUUCAAUUGAGAAAAACAAGUGGUCCACAACCAAAAGAAAAUGGCAGAACUUCACCAACUAUAAAGCCAAUAAAAGAUCAAGUAACACUAAGGCCUACGCCAAAAGAUCCAGUAAAAAUAGUACCAAUUAAAAGAGAGGAUAGUAAUGCAUUUGAAAGACCCAAAUUGGUAUCACAGCGAACACUCAGAGACAGCAAUGAUACAUCAAAACCACCACCUUUACGAAGGGAACGACCGAAACCACGAAACGCUUUUGACGAUGACAUACCUUCGUCGCACAUAUUACGGAAGCAAGAUAGUAUAUUAAAUAUAAUACCACCGGCUCCGCCUGUACCACCAGCACCCCCAUGCCCUCCACCACCACCAAAAAUAGUACCAGAUGGAUACAAACCACCAGAUACCAAAAAAAUUAAAAUACUGGAACAAUUACGACAACGUCCAAGAGCACGACCAGAUUGGGGUACUUUACUCAAAGAUGUUGAAGCAGGAAGAAAAUUGAAACAUGUCGUUUGUAACGAUCGGUCCAAACCAUUGUUACCUUUAGCAAAAUGUAAAACUAAAGAAGGUCAAUUCGUUUAUGAUAGUGAGAAAAAAGAAUCAAAUGUUCACAAUAUACUUUUAAAACAGAUUCAAGGUGGUGUACAACUAAAAAAAGUUCAAACAAAUGACAGAAGUAAACCAAUAUUGGAUGGUUUACGUAAAUUCCGUAGACAAAUGACAAUCGAAGAACAAAUACAAAAAUCACAAUCAUCAGUCAAACUUGGAGCUGCACCUGACGAAGAGGAAUUGAUAAUAGCUGAUGAAGUUGACGAGAUGGAUGAUAUUGAUAAGUUACGUGACGAUUUACAAUCAACGAAACAAUUAUUAGCACUAGAAUUACGUAAUAAAGAAGCACAACAAAAAGAAAUAAAACGUUUGCAAGCACGAAUAUUAAAUUUAGAAGUAGAAUUAGAACAUGAAAAGGGCAAAGCUGCAGCAUCCGUUACGCGUAGUGUUAUGGCUGAACGAAUAGAAGAUGAUAAAUUAGUAUCAAGUUUGAAACAAGAAGCUGAUGAUGCGCGUAAAGCUGCAAAAGAAGCAGAGAAAAAAUAUUUACAAGCAACAGAUACGUUAGACACUACCAAAGGAGAAUUAGAUGAAGCUAAGCGACAAAAUGAAAUUCUAGAAAGGAAAUUAGAACAAGCUUUGAAGGCAUUAAGUGGUGGUGGAAGUAGACGUCAAAGUCAAGCUGUUGGUAAAGAAGAAGGUGAGGAAUCUGAAGAAGAGGAAGAAGAUUCAGAUAGUGACGAUGAUGAUGAGGAGGGUGAAGAGACUGAAGAAAAGAAAGAAAAGCGUGCUAAGCGUGAAUUAAAAAUGUUAAUGAAUAAAUUGAAAAAUGUUAAAACAAAGAAAGAAAAUGCACGUAAAGAGAGGCAAUCAUUGAAACAACAAAUGAAAAAGGAGCAAGAUACUAUUAAAGAAGAAAAGAAAAAAUACAAACAUUUACAACGAGAAGUAGACAAAAUGGCUGAAUUAAUGAAAGAAGAUGACGAUGAAAAUGCUGAUGAUGAUGGAGAAGAAAAAGAAAUUGAUGAAGAUGAAAAUGAUAAUGAAAGUGUGGAAGAAGAGGAAGAAGAAAGUGAAACAGAAACAGAAAGUAGUAGUGAAUCAGAAGAAGAGGAAAGUGAGAGUGAACCAGAGGAUGCACCAUUUGACAAAAGAAAAGAAAACUAUACAUCACGCGUUCGCCGUUAUGAAAAUUGUUUAGCUGCAUUAAAAAAAGGCAACUAUUUGCUUAAAGCAAAUAUAGAUCGAUUAAAAGAUGAUAUUAAUAAACAAAGAGAAAUGUCAAUACAAUUACAACAAGAUUUAGAUUCUGUUUUAAAUGAUUUAGGUUAAAUAUGAUUAUCCUUCGGAAAAUCUUCUGCUUGGCUUCAUGUUUUACAGCUUUCAAAUGCUCAGCUCCAAAUUUAAUUACAAUAAUUAAAUUAAGAAGUAUCAAAGCUCAAUUAAUACGAAUAAAAAAAUAACAAAAUAUCGCUAAAUUAAUAAUAAUCUGAAACCUGGGGCUGCCUGAAAGACGAUUGAUGUCCUCCAGGCUAAAUAAAUCGGUUGGUAUAGUUGUAUUUGUCAAAAUGGGUAGUCAGCAAACUAAUAAUGUACAAGAAUACGACUUAAGAGUAAAGUUGUUAUAGAAUUUUUAUUAAUCCAUCAGUACGAAAGAAAUAAAUCAAACUAGAAAAGACCCAGCGCAGACAAUUUUUCAAAGUUUAUCGGUGAUAUUUUAUAGAUAGAAUUAUUUUUUCUGCGAAUAAUUAAAAGACAAAUUCUACGUUCACUAUUGCUGUACUGAAUUGCUGAAUACUCACUCUUACUCCUUAUUCCACAAAUGUCGGUAAAUACAUUACAAUAUAUUUAUCAGAUUGAAAUGAUACAACUUAAUCGCAGAUUUUUAAUAAAAUUUAAAAGUGAAAAAUGGUUUAGGUUAACUUUGCUGUGAAUUUCAGCGGAAUUGGGCACAUAACAAAAUAUCUACUUCCAACGAAUUACCAAUUUUAUUUUGUUCUGUUUAAUUUUGGGCAAUAACUUAUGACUUCAAAUGUAGAAUAACUUAUUAUAGGAACAAAGCUUUAAACUAUAAUUGUAAUAAUAAAAUAGAUUAUCUCUUACUAAAUAUGUUAUCUAAACUCAUAAUUGUGGAACCUUAACCGAAAUUGAAAACCUUACUUGAUCUGUUGGACAGUUUCUUUAUCAAAUAAACGAAUUAAAAUUUGGCUCUUUCUUUUAACCCUUUUAGCGUAUAGUACUGCAUCCGUAUAUUUUUAUAUAAAUGAUUAAAUUUUUUAAUUAUAUUCUUAAAAAUACAUUAACUCGUAAAGAAAACAUUUUUUCCCAAUUAAAACAUUAUAUCGAUCGAAGUUGGUACUCAAAGGGUUAAUUAUAGAAAUUAUUAAUAAUACAAGCUAAAAUGUUGCUUUGAUUAUUACCGAAGCGCGUCCCAAAAACCUCCAUAUUGUGAUCUAAUUUUCAAUUACGUGUAGAUAGAAACCGGUCAUUAUUAUUUGCAUUUAAAAAUACAAACGAUACCAUUUGCUGAUGUAUUAAAAAGCUUGUACAAAUUAAUUUUAUAGUACAUUAGAAAAUAUAACUAAUAAUAAAACCUAUUUACUUGCUGCAAGCAGAAUAAAAAUCAAAUUAACGAUUACCCACGUGAAAACUAAUUUUAACCCAUAUAGGAAUUGUAUUGUGCAUUAGAAUUUGAAAAAACGUAAUCAAUAUUUGUAAUGGUAUCUUGUAUUUAAGUUCGUUUUGUAAUUCGGAUAACUAAAAUUAGAAUUUUAUAAGAAAAUUUAAGAAGGUUUUUUAUACAUUUCUGAUUAGAAGUAAUGAUAAGUAAAAGCUUCAGUCAUAAAAAAUAAAACAUUAUGAACUUUCUCUCCAGAUAACUUUAUAUAAAACUUUUCAGAAGAUCCAGUUUCAAGUAUAACUCAAUCAUUUUGACACAAAGUGGAGUAAUUACUAAUAUGUCGUACACCUUGUAAAAUGUAAUUACUUCAUUACACCCUACUUAUAGGGGUUAAUAAUUGAAAAAAUGUAUUAACCUCACAAUUUUUGAAAAGUAUGUAUGAAUAAUGGUAAAAACUAAAUUUAUAAUAAUUGGUUUUAGUUUAAUAAAAUAUUGUUGGCGAGUAUUUCUAGUCACUCAUUCAUAAAAUGUCUUUAAUUUCAUGUUUCUUUUGAUAU